UCAUUUCAGUCCACGACGGUUGUUUUCGGGUCAUUCUCGGUACCUGAAAGUGAGAGCGGAAUCAUGGCGGGCCGUCUCCUUCUCCGAGCUUGUACAGCUACAUUGCAGCUGAGGAGCAAUGUGGUGGCCAGACCGUUACACCGAGCCAUGGCCUCAGGGGGAGGAGUACCAACAGACGAGGAACAGGCCACUGGACUGGAGCGACGCGUCCUGCAGGCCCUCAAACAGGGAAAGGAUCCAUACAGUAUACUGGAGCCCAAACACUAUCCUGGCACCAAGGAAGAGCCUCAGAUUGUGCCAUGCACCGGAGGCAAGAGACUGGUGGGCUGUCUUUGUGAGGAAGACAACACUGCUAUUGUGUGGUUCUGGCUUCAUGAGGGAGAUGCCCAGCGCUGUCCUUCCUGUGGCACCUACUAUAAGGCUAUCCACCACGAGGUGCCCCACUGAAACUAAACAUAAAUUCUGCACAAAUGGGACAACACAGACAUCCAUAUUUGGCUCCUUCAUGGCCCCACACUGCAAUGUGUGCAUAUCAUUUAACAUGUACAGUUUAUCAUUAAAAUGUAAACCUGAA